UCGUACUGCUGAAAUUGCCCUCUCUACUUCCAAAACCUAUUGGAACUUUACUCCUCCGUGUUCACCCACCGAUGGCGGAUUCCGAAGUGGAGGUGGCGCCGUCCGUUGUAGAAGAAGUAGGAGAAGGAAUUAAGGCCUCCGGAGCAGCGGAAUCGCCGCAACUCGGUGAAUCUGACGCCACGGCUGACGAGAUCGUACCUGCCGCCGCGAACCACAAACGAAAACUUGAUGAUCUGGAGCCCUCUCACCACGCUGAUGGUGCGCCAGACAAGAAGCAGGAAUUCUCGACCGAGAUCCCCUCUCUAGGCGCCGCCGAGCCCGGAUCGGGCGACGGUGAGGUCACUGGGAGCGCCUUGGUGGAAGAUUCUGAUGAGGUAAAAGCGGGCCAUGCAGAAAAUGGCGACCAAAAGCUAGAGGUGUCAGAGGCUGCUGAAGUGGAAACGGAUGACCAGGUUGAACAACAACAGGAUGGAACCGAUGGCUUGGUGUAUGCAGUGCCUGCUGAGACUGAGAAUGAGUUAAGAGGAUCAGAGAUUCAAACGCAUGAAAAUGGUAAUAUGCCUUCUGAAAAAAAUGCCGAGAGCAUUGCCUCACCUCCAGUAGACGUGGACAUUGUAUCUUGUAAAAUUGAAGUUCCUAACAACAAGAUAAAGGAAAAGCUAAAGUAUAUGAAGGAAGGCGAUAAGGCGGUGGUGAUGGUGUGUGAUGCUGACCGAUGGAAGCCUUGGGAUUUUUGUUAAGAGUUUAUUAGGAAUUUUUCCUUUAAAUUGUUGGAGUAGUUAGAAGUUACUAGAAAUUAGUUUAUUUCGUAUAAUUAGCUGUAUUUUUGUUUCUUACUACUGGGACAGUUUCCUUUUGCUAUUCCUGGAAUUGCAUGCUAGAUUUUAUUUUCUUGAAUUGCAUUGGUUUAUUGUAGUUAAGGUAAAUUAGAUGUUG